CUCGGCCUGCUAGCCUUUCCUAUGACUUCCAUCCAGCCAAGAUAGCGCGUUCUUUCCUAUAGCAGGCCAUGGAAACUCCUCAGGUGUUGUCGUCGUCGCCCACCAUAGGCACAUUCAGCGCCACAUCCUCUCGCUCACGAAGCAGCACGACUCGACUCGCUGUUGACGAUGUCACCAGCCUCACCUCAUUUAACCCAUUCUCCGAGGAGGACGAACACGACCAGUCGUUCGUGACGUCCAUCUUCUCGCGGAUGAAGAACACCCUCGCGGCCCCCCUCUCCUCCGUCGCUUCCGCAUCCAGCAGCGCACCGAGUAGCUCUGCACCGAGCAUCUCCCAGACAGCCACGAGCGAGCCGCGGCGCCCGUCCUUCAGCGUGCUUCAAACCAACACAGCACUGACUUCCUCCAACUUCUCCUCCACGCGGACAGGCUCCAUGGCAUCUGAUCGCCCCAACUCGUUGUCUGUCAAGCGCACGGCACAGCCAGCUCCACCCCUCAUGUCGCUUACGCCGGCCCAGUCCGAGGUUCCGACGUACAGUGUGGAGUACGAGCGAUCGCCGUCGCGCAACGGUGUCGCGUUCCCGUCGUACGAGUCGCAGGAUGGGGGGAUCUUUGGGACGUCGGUGCCCGGGUUCCCGAUUCAGGAUGAUGCGCGGAGUAUCAAGACAUCGACCAGCUUGCAUCGGUCUGGCUCGGUCUCGAAGGUUAUGAGGCGCCUCCGAGGCGAAGGGCUUUCACGCGACUACUGGAUGGACGACGAGAAUUGCAAAGAGUGCUAUGAUUGCGCGAGUGUAUUCAGUACUUGGAGACGGAAACAUCACUGCCGGAUAUGCGGGCAAAUUUUCUGUUCCCGAUGCGCGUCCAACAUCAUCAAGGGGUAUCGAUUCGGGCAAGACGGGAUGAUACGCGUGUGUAAUCUCUGCAUGGAGAAACUGGCCAAAGUCGAUGAAGACGACGACGACGAUCGUAGGUCGGUUGUGUCGUCAGUCACAAGCUUCCCUGCACACCAACUUGGGAUCGACACGAUCGGACUUUCUCAACACCCCCAAUCCCCGUUCUCUGCGUCGCAGCUGUUCAGCCGUACGGAUGAACCGUUCAACCUUUACUCUAUCGCAGAAACGAAGCGAAGGAUAUCAGGCUCCGACGAGAGCGGUUUUGGGUCUCGACCCGUUACGCCCCCGCACGUUGCGUGGGAAGAAACUCUGAGCGACAAUCCAGCACCAUUCAGACGAGGCGCGUCGGACGACGAUGCUAACGUGGCUGAUCCCUACCACGCGGAAGAAACGCCUGCAACGUUCGAGUUCCCGGGCGCCGUCCCCAUCAAUCCGGAUGCCCUUAGCACGAUCCAGUUUCCGCGCGGGUCGCCUGAUCAUCUCGAUAGCCCAGGCCCAUUGCGGUUGCGGUCGCGCUUUAAUUCUGAGUUUGAGUCUGGAACGCCGUUCAUUCGGAGUCGCGUGCACAGCCGCAUGGACAGUCUUGGUGGUGGUGGCGGGGGAGAACCAGGCUGGCGCACGCGGCGGGAGAGCACAGCAUAUGCGCAAGAGCUCAAUCUGACGUCGAUGUUCCAUCUCAAGAUAAUGCUGCGGCAGAUGUUGACGAAAGAGGAUAUCCCAAAUAUCAAGGCUUGGGAGGAGACCCUGCUGAAACUGGCAAUGAAGAUCGCGCGAGAGUUGACGUUCACUGCGCUGCCACAUCGUCAGGGCGAGGAUAUGGAUGUGCGGCGGUACGUGAAGAUCAAGAAGAUUCCAGGAGGGCUGCCGUCUGAUUCUGAAUACGUCGACGGCGCUGUGAUCACGAAGAAUGUUGCGCACAAGCAGAUGUCUCGCCUGCAACGCCACCCGCGUGUGAUGCUUGUGACGUUCCCGCUCGAAUUUUCGCGUGUCGAGGGUCAGUAUAUGCACUUCGGCCAGAUUGUGCGUCAGGAAAAGGAGUACCUCGGGAACUUGGCGUCCCGGAUCGCCGCGCUACGGCCUCACGUUGUGCUCGUUGAGAAGUCGGUGUCAAGGCUUGCGCUGGACGCUUUGGCCAAGCACAACAUCGCGGUGGCGAGGACCGUCAAGCCGUCGGCCAUCCACACGGUGGCGCGGAUGACACAAAGUGAUGUCUUUUCGUCGAUGGACAAACUUGCAUUGGAGCCCCGGCUGGGCCAUUGCGCCCGGUUUCGGAUCCAGACGUUCGACCAUCCGCUCAUUCCCGGGCGUCGGAAGACAUUCAUGCGCUUCGAGGGCUGCUUGCGAGAUAUGGGCUGCACGAUCAUCUUGCGGGGCGAGAAUCUCGAGACGCUGCGCAAGAUCAAGAAGGUCACGCGGUUCCUGACUUUCAUCGUGCGGAACUUGAAGCUGGAGACGCAUCUCUGGAAGGACUCGGUCAUCACUCUGCCGCAAUUGGGGCUGGACGCUGUGCCCAUGUCUCCUGGUGGCGGAGGCCGAUUUGGAUUCGGCAACUUCUCUGUCUCGUCUGUGUCAUUCCAGACGUUCCCGGCCUCUAUUUCGACGCCAAGACUGACCACGCCGACUCCGGGCAUGCGACCUCAGCAGUUGAUACCAGAGGACGAGGAUCUGCCAGAGGCGGAUGCUGAUCAGAUCAGGCUGACGAGGCGGAUCGAUGCAGCAUUGGAACCGUAUGCGACGACGUUCAUCUCUGUAUCCGCGACGCUGCGGUUCCCACCACCUCAACCGCUAGUCCGUAUGAAAGAAUUAGAUAACGAGCUGCUCGAGGCGAAACGGGCAUGGGAAGAUGAUGUCAUCCGCAAGGAGGAGCGGGCGCAUCCACAGAGUCAACUGAGCGUCCCCAACACCACCACCGUCUGCCCGCCUGCGGUCAUCACAGUCGAGGAACCUGAUUCUGAUGACAUCAGUGCGCAGAUAGAGGCCCUGCCGACUCUGAACAUCCCCCCGUCCCCGGGCGACAUGUCGGUGACACCGCGGAUGCUUUCACCGCGGACGAUGGAGGAGACGACGAGCUACUUUUCAUCUGGGAUGGUGUCGCCUGUCUUGUCGUCGGCGGGUGGCUCGUCGAUGGCGCCGUCGCCUGCCGAGGAGCCGAAGGAACCGCUCAAGACGAAUGAGGAUAUCGCGCUGGAGAGUCGGUACAAAUCGGUGAAGCUGAUGCAUGAGGAGCAGCGGAGAAUAUGGGAGUGGUAUCUUCGCAAAAACUCGGACGAUUUCGUUGUCGAAAAGUACCAAUGCAUCACUCUAUGGCACUACGUGAUGCCGUUCAAGAACGUGAUCGAGGAGGGCACGCCGCGAGCCUGCUUCGCACCGAAUCUGCAGUACAUCACGUUCUACGGCGAAAACGACUGCACGCUGGGGCAGUUCAUCGAGAAAUGCGUGAAUGACACACUGGCGCAGUUCCUGGACCCGAAGGCUGUGUGCACAGGGAAGAGCUGCCAGCUGCCCCUCGCGCGCCACGAGCAGGUGUAUGUCCACAACGAGACCAAGCUUUCCGUGGCGGUCGAGUCGUGGAACGGGCAGAUCAUCGGGCGGAUGAACAACCUGCCGACGCCGGAGCUGGUGACGACCUGGAGUGCAUGUCGGGUGUGCAUGUCGGCGACGCCGUUCAUUCCGGUUUCGGAAGAGAUGCAGCGGUACUCGUUCGCCAAGUUCCUCGAGCUGCAUUUUUAUCCGGCCGACGUCAAGCUCGUGCAGGGCGCCGGGUGCCAACACAACAUCUACCAACACCACAUCCGCUACUUUGCGAUCAAGGGCAUGACCGUCCGGUUCGAGGCGGAGCCGAUCAAGCUGCACGAGAUUGUGUACCCGCCGACACGCAUCAAGGUGAAGCCGGAGCAGCAGCUCGAGCUCAAGAACAAGAUGUUCACCGGGCUGCACGAGAAGAACGACGUCUGGUUUGACGAUCUCAUAAACGAGCUGAAGUCUGUCAGCUUCGAGGCCGCGACUGGCGACGAGGAGAGCGAUGCAACGCUGCUGGCUGAUGUCAACACGCUGAUCGUCCGAGCGCAUGACGAGAAGCACGAGAUCAGUCGCCUGAUCAAUUGCAUCUACCGGGAGUCGGCGCCGACGGAUACGCUCGCGCUCAACCAGGUGCACAUGUUCAAGCAGGACAAGAUCGUUGCGUGGGAGAUGGUCUUUGAUCGGCUGCCGAAGCCGAGGUCCUACGUCGCCACCGAACGAGGAAAGCGGACUUCGGCGUUUGGGAGUGUGCGCUGGCCGAGGCGGUUGGAUUUGGCCUUUGACGGUCAGCAUCUGCCGUCCUCGAGUGUUUCGGAAGCUGAGGAAGGGCCGCUGAGUCUGCGGAGAGUGACUGGAGAUUCGUUCACGUCCUCUGCGUCGGAGCCUGAAUCAGAUGCUAACGCCGAGGAGCCAAUCGUGCCGCCCAAGAAAGAGAGCGAGGGAUCGAAUGCAGAGCCGGCGCCGAAAUCAGAUCCGGAGAGUGAUUCGACGAUCGGGGCUGGUAAGGACGAAGAAUCUGAGCAGGUGGCAUCUCCGUCGCGAGUUCGAGCCUCCAAACUUCCUCGACGAUCCGAAAACCAGAUGAACGUGGCUGAGCUGGUGAAAAAGUACCAGGACUUCUUGCCUCCCCAGGGCGUGCGAGAUCUGACCAAGACAGCCUUCGCGCCGCGGAUAAAUGUCGUUUCGGAAAGCGAGCAGGAGUACACGACACCCAUUCGCCACAUCCGCAGCAAGAGCCGACACCGGAUGAUCCGCCAGCCGUCUGUUUCCGAUUUCGAGCAGGGUUACGCAGCCAACGUCGCGCCGAAAUACCUCUCUCGGCCGACUCGGAUCCCUCGCCCGCCGACGGUACAGUCACAGGAAUCGUCGCGCCUGCCGUCGCCCGAGAAGCGGUCGGCCAGUGGCAAAGGCCGGGGCAGACAAACGUCGCCGCCGCGCGCAAAGCCACCUUCACUCGUGAGCACGCCAAAUCUCCCGGGCAGCAAGUCCGGGCGCAUCCGGACACCGGCUGCCCGGCCGAGGGACAAGACGCCCGCCAGGGGGACGCCGGGCAUGCGAUCUGGGACGAAGGUGUCGAACAUUGCGAAGCAUUUCGAGCGGAUGGGACGCGAUGCCGAGCGGUCGAAGAACCGGUACGCUAUCAUCCGGGGGAAGCGGGCGCGGCCUGUUGCCUCGGCCCGUGCCAGGGUGCAGGUAUUGGAGAGUGUCAAGGACGCCAUCCGGGAUGAGAGCGAGGAGAGCGCGAGCGAAUCCAGCGAGGCUGACGAUGAGGGUGAUGGCGAGGUCGAGGAGAGCGGCAGCAGCAAGAAACCGUCGACGGUCGAGUCGCCUGAGGAUGAAAUGCACGUGCAGCAGCAGCAGCAGCAGAAGGAGGAAGAGCUGCCACCGUCAACAACGGUGCCGCAAGUCAUCGUCGAUGAGAUUCCUGCUCCUGAAACACCGGCCCCGCACCGAAAUCCACCACCAGGCCCGUUGUCGCUGCCCCCGUCGCCUUUCCUGACAUCUCUGAAGGAGAGUGUCUUGACGCCUCCUCCUGCGGAUUUGGAUCUCACCGGCGGCUCUGAGCGCCACUCGUUAUUGAAAGCGUUGUCUGGAUUCUGGGGCCAGUCGCGGAGCCCGAUGGAAGCAGACGACCCGUUGGAUGACCCCGAGCACAUCUUCCGAGACUCCUCGAUGGUCGUCAGAACGGACGAGCCGACGUCCAUCAUUGCUCUUGCGUUGAACUCACCGCAGUACCGCGACAUGCUGUCCAAAUCCCGGGCGGAAAAGAGGACGGCACGGGAGACGAAGAUGUCGGAGGGCGAGGCGUUCAUGCCUGACGACCGAUCUGUGGCCGAGUCGACGUCGACGUGGGGUGUAGUCGAGGUUGAUCCAACCGAGUCAGCGGAUCCGACGGAGGAUAUGAAGGUGGCGUCGUCGAAGCUGCCUUGGGCGAUCAGCCAUGAAGCGUUUGAGAGCAGUGGGUUGACUAUCAGCUGCACUGUGCUGUACCCGGAGCAAUUCGAUGCACUGAGGAGGACCUACGACUGCGACAAGGGCAUGAUCGAGUCGCUGGCGCGGUGCAUCAAGUGGGAUGCCAGUGGAGGCAAGUCAGGUUCUGCGUUCCUCAAGACGAAGGACGACCGGUAUAUCGCCAAAGAGCUCUCGCGGCCGGAGCUUCAGUCGAUGGAGAGCUUCGCGCCGGCUUAUUUUGACUACAUGGCAUCUGCCGUUUCUGCUGACCGUCCGACACUCCUGGCGAAGAUCUUUGGCUGUUACAAGCUGACGUUCAAGAAGACGGGGAAUCGGCGUGGACCGGGCAAGAGCAAAUCGACGCAAAUGAACCUGCUGGUGAUGGAGAACCUGUUCUACGCACGCGAGUUCUCGACCAUCUACGAUCUCAAGGGAUCGACGCGGAACCGUCACGUGCAGGCCACUGGGCGGAAAAACGAAGUGCUGUUGGAUGAGAAUCUGGUCGAGACCGCACAUAUCAACCCGUUCCACCUGCGAGAGCACUCGAAACGGAUCCUUCGCGGGGCGCUCUACAACGACACCAAGUUCCUCAGCGACGUGAACGUGAUGGACUACUCGUUCCUGGUCGGCGUGGACAAGCACGACGACUCCCUCGUGGUGGGCAUCGUCGACUACAUCCGGACGUACACGUGGGACAAGAAACUCGAGAGCUGGGUGAAGGACUCGGCGUUCCUCGGGGGCGGCGCGAACCGCGGCGAGCCGACGAUCAUCACGCCGAAGCAGUACCGGCAGCGGUUUCUGGGGGCGAUGGAGCGGUAUCUGCCGCUCAUCCCGGACCGGUGGAUGAAGCAGAAGGACGCGCCGGAGAUCGAGCCGGAUGCAGGGCUCAGUGAGCUCUGGCCGGACUGGUGAGGAUACCCUUUUAUGCAUACAUACCCUUUUUUCUGGAUCAUUCACACGGCAUUUGUAUCAUACAUAUCUGUACUACCAC